AUGAACUCCAGCUGUUCUGGAGCCGCAAGCGAGGCUGGGGCGCUGCAGGAGACGUUGCAGAUGGAGACGAAGAUACCGCCAGACCCAUACAAGUACCUGAUCGAUAUCGAGGGUCGACCAGAUCUCCGCAAGCUCGACCCAGCGGUCCAGGUCUAUCUUCGCAUACUUGGUCACACGAAGUCACUGAGCGCCAUCAAAGGGUCAUUUUCGCCUGCGAAGCUCGCGGAUGCCGAGCUUGCAGGAGGGUGGAUAGUCUUGAAGCGCUCGAGAUGGCCAGGUCCGGGAGAGCCGCGUCGAAGCGUAUUCUUCGAUCCAAAAAACAUCACCGAACUGGCAGUCCAAACGUGUCCGUCCAUGCCCUACCUCUUCAACGUCAACGAGGAUACCAUGUCCGAUCAGUUCGACCUGCCGACGACGCUGGAGCCCAUCGUUACGCACGUCCCCAUAGCGGACUGGAUCGGCCCGGUGGGCCACUGGCCAGAUGACUUAUAUGUCCACGAGUCGUACGGGAUGAUCUUGUCAAACGCUAUUGUUCCCCUUCCCAGUCCAUGUGUCCCAAGACACCAUCCCGCCUGGACGGAGAUGGUCAAGAAUUGCUGCGGCUACGCACACCCUAUCAAUCUCCUGGGCGACGGCUUUGAUAUCAACCAAGACAACGAUGAUAGAUUGAUCAUCUCGGUCAGGAACACCAAGCUUAGGACGGACUACUUUGCAUUUCCCAAUCGAAACCAGGGUGUGAACGAGGCGGCAGACAAGGCGCUGUAUGAGUACGAGAGGGAUGUGCUGAACUUGUACUCUGAUCUUGAUGAGGUUGAGUACGAUGGCCGGCAUGAUGCGCAUUUGGACAAGGAGGGCAUCUAUAUGUGGACUACAUAG